AUGAAAAGAACACUUGACAAAUAUACAGGGAUGAUUGUAUCAACAUAUUUUGAAAAUAUUAAUGACUUUAUUAACUUUGAAAUGACAUGCAAAAAGUAUGAAGGGAACAUGGAAAAAUUUCAUUUUAAUCCAAUUCCAAUUAACAUAAAAACAAGAAGAUACUUUCCUAAUAUUGAAACACUUCAUUUAAGAAAAGAAAAUGAAGAGAAAAUAGAAGGAGGAAAAAUCAAUAAGAAAGUUAUAUGGUAUAAAAAAACAUAUAGUGAUGCAAUUGAAGAAAUAAAUAAAGGAAAUGAAUGUAAAAAUAUUUGUUAUACAAAAGAAGAUAGAAAAAAAUAUGGAAAUAAUGUUCCUAAGAAUGUAAAUAUUUUAGAAAAUGAAUGUUAUAGUUAUUGUAUUGAUUUAGAAACAGUAACAAUUCCAUCAAAUGUAAAAUCAAUUGGAUAUAAAUGUUUUUGUGGUUGUACUUCAUUAAAAUCAAUUAAUAUUCCACAAAGCGUAACACUAAUUGGUGAUAAAUGUUUUUUAUAUUGUAUUUCUCUUACAUCAAUUUCACUUCCACAACAUAAUAGAAUGCUAGAUUGGAUGUGUUUCUAUGGUUGUGAUAAAUUAACAAGACUAACAUUUAAAUCAUCUGUUUAA